CCCUUACUGGAUGGCUCAGGUCGAAGGGGAAUGGAGGAAAGGUCCUUUCUGUUUAACUUGGAUGAAAUCAGCCUCACUGUGCCGAGCCUUUCCUGUCCUUACAGUCUGCUGUACUGUGAUAACAGUGUGCUGUGUGACUCUCAGGCCUCAACAUGUAUCUGCUGCUGGGGAUCGGGGUUGUGAUCGCAGUCGCGUACUUUUACCGGGAGAUUGUGGUGAAGGGGAAGAGAUGCACGAGCAAGGUGAAGCUGCACGGGAAGACCGUGAUAGUGACAGGCAGUAACACCGGCAUCGGGAAGGAGACGGCCAUCGAUCUGGCUAAAAGAGGAGCUCGAGUGAUUCUGGCCUGUCGCAGCAGACAGAGAGGAGAGGCGGCUCUGGAGGACGUGAAGAGGGAGAGCGGCAGUAAUCAGGUGGUGUUCAUGCCGCUGGAUCUCGGGAGUCUGAAGUCUGUUCGCAGUUUUGCAGAGACCUUCCUGAAGACUGAGUCCAGACUGGACCUGCUCAUCAACAAUGCAGGUAUCUUCAUGCAGGGUCGCACAGAGGACGGACUGGGGAUGAUGUUUGGCGUGAAUCACAUCGGUCACUUCCUGCUAACCAACCUGCUGCUGGACCGUCUGAAGGCGUGUGAGCCCAGCAGGGUGGUCAACUUGGCGUCUAUGGCUCAUAACUUUGGGAAGAUAGACUUUGACUGUCUGAACAAGCACAAAGCUCUGGGAUUGGGGACUUCGUCCAUGAACGUUUUUCAGGUUUACUCCGACAGCAAGCUGUGCAACGUCCUCUUCAACCAUGAGCUCGCCAAGAGACUGAAAGGUACCAAGGUCACCUGCUACUCCCUCCAUCCAGGAGCUAUCAACUCAGAGCUGGCGAGGAACACAAGUUCCAUCCUUCAGCUCGCCCUGAAGCCUUUCACUAUUUACUUCUUCAAGAACACGGUCCAGGGAGCCCAGACCACCCUGCACUGUGCUCUGCAGGAGGGAAUCGAACCUCUGAGCGGGCGUUACUUCUCUAACUGCACCGUGAGAGAGCUGUACGAGAAAGCCAAGGACGACGCUGCAGCCAAGAAGCUGUGGGAGCUCAGUGAGAGCCUGUGUGGGCUCUCUUAGAAAGACCUGAACCCCUGACAUUUAUUUGAUUAACACCAAAUAUUAACACAGAGAGACGUCCUCCAAUGCACCUGAGACAUUUAUGAAUAGGUGAGCUGGCAGGUAAGAUUAGGGGAGAUGAAGUUUGCACUGCCACUCCUCUCUGCUGGUUACACAAAGCUAUCAUGACUCAGCACUUUUUAUAACACAAAUAAACACACUUGUUUGAUUUGUAAGAGCUCUUUAAACACUUCCUAUUUACUGAACAGUUAUUACUGCUCUGUGUGACUCCAUUUGUUAAUGACCAAUAUUAAUAAACAGUCCGUUUCUA